GACACUUAGCUAUGCACUUAGCGAAGGUCAUUUUGGAAGAUAAAUAAAUGAUCAACAUCAACUAAUUUAAGAAGAAUUUAGUUGUUAUUUCUAGGCCUUAUUUUCCGUUUUGAUACACCUUCAAGAUGACUUUGUUAAGUAAAUUACAGCCCCUCUUGAAAUCAUUCACCGCGGCCCAAAUAAAUGCUGGGGCUCUGAGGAAAAUGUCAGAACACCGGACCAUGCGUAUUGUAGCCUCCAACUGGCAAUGGACCAAAUUUAAGGAUUAUUUUCACUUUUACUUCAUGCUAGGAACGAUUCCUUGUGUCUUGGGUGUGAUCGGUUUCAAUGUCUUCGUAGGCCCCGCAAAACUGGCCGAAAUACCCGAAGACUACGUCCCUAAGCACUGGGAAUAUUAUAGAAAUCCAAUAACGCGUUUUUUGGCGAGAUACGUUUGCACCAAUCCUCAACAGGAAUACGAAAAAUAUUUGUCGUACAUCUUUAUUGAAAAUGAGAAGGCACAGAUAAGAAAAAUAGAAAAAGAUGUCAUAGCAAAAAUGGAAGAACGUAAUGAUUACCAAUCGUAUUACUACAGACCUAUAGCGGCCAAUUAUUACAGAAUUAUCAGGGAAGCGGCUGACAGUAUUGCCGAGAUAGUUGAGAAGUAGAAUUCUACUUUCUUUAUUUUAGUGUGUAAAUAAAUAUUAGCCUAAUA